AACGCUUUUGAGAUAAUUUUUUCACAAGAAACAGUGACAUACAGUUAUCUUAGUUAAGUUUAAUUUAAAUUUUAAUUUACUGUUUAAAUGUCUUUCUGACAUGUGGAGUAAAUGUCUGAAAUCUCACUCCUUAGAAUAAUUAAUAGUUAUAAAGAAUUAAAUAUGAUUGUGUAAAGGUGACAUUAAGUAUGAAUUACUAAGUUUUUUUAACAGUUCUACAAUUUUAGUGUUCUGUAUUUACAAGAAGCGUGAAGUACUAAAUAGUAUAAUUACUGCGGUUCCCGAGUGAAAUAUUUAAUAAAUCUCGACCUCCUUAUUGCGGUUAAGAAAAUGAAGUCACGUUUGUAAAGCUUAAAUUUUUCAUAUAAAAGGCACAGAUAAAUUAGAUUUAAUAAAUACUGAAGUUGAACAUGCGAGUAUUAAGAUGGGUAAGAUUUCCAUUUAGAUCUCCACUGUACUGUUUAAAAUUGAACGAUAAAUUGUUUCAGCUCAAUAUUUUGAUAACAGUGACUGUUAUCACAUCCGUGCCCAGAAAAAUACGCCGCCAAGCUGGUUAUAUUUAUCAAAAACCGAAUGUGAUAUUCAAAUUACCUUCACCAAAUCAAGUGUUACCAGAAGUAAUUGAAAGGAUUCCAAGUUUUCCAUCAACAGUUCAAUCAUCAAUAAAUAUACCAUAUUAUAAUUAUCCACCACUUCCUCAGUCACGACCUUCUCCAAGUGGUCCACUACCACCUUUACUGACUCCAGGAUAUUUACCUCCACCACAACCUCCUCCUCCUCGCCCUUCAUACCCAACUUCAUCGCCAUAUAACUAUCCUUCUCCUACUGCACCACCACCUCUUCCUCCAUCUUUACCGAUACCAGGUUACUUACCUCCACCUACUCCACCGCCAUUUAACUAUCCUUCUCCUACUCCGCCACCACCUGUACCAACACCAGCUUAUUUACCUCCGCUUCCUCCUUCUCCUCGCCCUUCGUACCCUACUCCACCGCCAUAUAACUAUCCUUCUCCUACUCCACCGCCAAUUAACUAUCCUUCUCCUACUCCGCCACCACCUGUACCAACACCAGCUUAUUUACCUCCGCUUCCUCCUUCUCCUCGCCCUUCGUACCCUACUCCACCGCCAUAUAACUAUCCUUCUCCUACUCCACCGCCAAUUAACUAUCCUUCUCCUACUCCGCCACCACCUGUACCAACACCAGCUUAUUUACCCCCGCUUCCUCCUUCUCCUCGCCCUUCGUACCCUACUCCACCGCCAUAUAACUAUCCUUCUCCUACUCCACCGCCAAUUAACUAUCCUUCUCCUACUCCGCCACCACCUGUACCAACACCAGCUUAUUUACCUCCGCUUCCUCCUUCUCCUCGCCCUUCGUACCCUACUCCACCGCCAUAUAACUAUCCUUCUCCUACUCCACCGCCAAUUAACUAUCCUUCUCCUACUCCGCCACCACCUGUACCAACACCAGCUUAUUUACCUCCGCUUCCUCCUUCUCCUCGCCCUUCGUACCCUACUCCACCGCCAUAUAACUAUCCUUCUCCUACUCCACCACCACCACUUCCUCCAUCUUUACCGAUACCAGGUUACUUACCUCCACCUACUCCACCGCCAAUUAACUAUCCUUCUCCUACUCCGCCACCACCUGUACCAACACCAGCUUAUUUACCUCCGCUUCCUCCUUCUCCUCGCCCUUCGUACCCUACUCCACCGCCAUAUAAUUAUCCUUCUCCUACCCCACGACCACCACCUCCACCUACACCAACUCCGGGUUACUUACCUCCUCCUUCUUCUCGUCCUUCGUACCCUACUUCUCCGCCAUAUAACUAUCCUUCUCCUACCCCUCGACCACCUUCUCUACCUCCACCUGCACCAACUCCCGGUUACUCACCUCCUCCUCGACCUUUAUACCCUACUCCACCGUCAUAUAACUAUCCUUCUCCUACCCCACGACCACCUUCUCCACCUCCACCAACUCCGGGUUACUUACCUCCUUCUUCUCCUCGACCUUCAUACUCUACUCCAUCGCCAUAUAACUAUCCUUCCCCUUCUCCACCAUCCCGCCCUUCAUACUCUACACCAUCGCCAUAUAACUAUCCUUCUCCUACUCCAGGACCACCUCCUCCACCUGUACCAACUCCAGGUUACUUACCUCCUCUUUCUCCUUCUCCUCGUCCUUCGUACCCUUCUCCACCACCAUAUAAUUAUCCUUUUCCAACUCCACCAACCCCUCGUGAACCUUCAUAUCCUACUCCAUUGCCGUAUAACUAUCCUUCCCCUUCUUCACCAUCCCGCCCUUCAUACUCUACACCACUGCCGUAUAACUAUCCUUCUCCUACCCCAAGGCCACCUUUUCCACCUCCACCUGCACCAGCUCCAGGUUACUUACCUCCUUCUCCUCGCCCUUCAUACCCAACUCAACAGCCAUAUAAUUAUCCUUCACCUACUCCACCACCACCACCACCACCUCCUCCUCCGUCUCCAUCUGUACUAAUUCCAAGUUAUUCACCUCCACUGGUUGUUCGACCAACUCCUAGUCCUUCCUACCCUUCUCCACCUUCAUUUAAUUAUCCUAUUCCUACAUCACCGUCAUCACCACCGAAUCGAAGUUAUUUACCUCCUUCUUCUCCAUCUUCACCACCACCAAUUCCUUCUUCAUACCCUACUUUACCGUCAUACAACUACCAAUCUCCUGCUCCUUUACCUUUUCCAGAUUAUUUAUCUCCAUCUAUUUCUAUUCCGGUUAGUAUAUCGACUCCAGCUCUUACUUAUUUGCCGCCAUUAAGUUAG